AUGAACUCCACCCUUAGUGCCAAUAGACCAUAUUCCAUCAUCAAUAAAGAGCUUGAUUUCAAGUCCCCCGCUUCACCCAGCAUUCCUGACAAUUACGAUGCCACAAAAUACCGUCGCUGGGUCCGAUUAGGUCCAUCUCCAGCCGACUCCAAGAAUAAAAUAUCGGUAAUGUCAUAUAAUUUGUUGUCAAGACAUUACACGUGGCAUGAGGUUUUUGGAUACUUGGAACAACAAUACUUAGACUGGCCCAAUUAUAGGUUCCCACUUAUAAAUAUGACCAUUUCCCAAUUCAAAUGUGACAUAAUGUGCUUUCAAGAAAUGGAAUAUUACGUAUAUGACAAGUAUUGGUCCAAGAACUUCCCUGAUAGUAAUUACAAGAGCUUCUUUGUUAAGAAAUCAUUACCAGGUUAUUGGGGAGGUAAAUCCAACGAUUUCAUAGACGGUGUUGGUGUGUUUGUAAAUACCAAACGAUUUGAUGUUGUCGAAACCAAAGAGAUAAAUUUUGGUGAACAUGUUUUGGAAAACAAAUCCCAAUAUCAAAUGACCGAGGAUUUAAUUGCUCGGUUAAUCCCUAGAAAUACAGUUGCAUUAAUUUUGAAGCUACAUGACAAAAUAGCUGACAAGACGGUAUAUGUCGCCAACACCCAUUUGUACUGGUCGCCACAAUAUAAUGACGUCAAAGCAUUACAAACCAAACUAUUAUUGAAUGAAUUACGUGAUUAUGUCGACGGUAACGAUUUGACAAAAGCUCAUAUAAUAGUCAUGGGAGAUUUAAAUUCAAAUUUGAAGUCUGACGUGUUUAAAUUGUUAAGUACAGACGGAAUAGAUGUUAAGGAAUCUCCUGAAUUCUCCGGUCACGAUUAUGGAGUUAACAACCCAUUGAUUGACGAGAAUGGAAUAAUAGACAAUCCAUUUGAAUUCGCUAACAUCUACGACUGUUUAAUAAAAACAGAGAAGUUGAAUUUCACAAGUUACACGUCGAGUUUGACCGAUGUUUUAGAUCACAUAUUCAUAACCAAGAACGGGUUUGACAUAGUUAAAGUUUUAAGUGAAGUUGAUGAAAAGUAUUGUUCCAAUUGUCCGAUCAAGGGAUUCCCCAACAAGCAAUUCCCGUCGGAUCACAUCCCAUUGGUUGCUGAAAUCAACUACACCUAA